CAAACUUUUCCACUGUUUCCCCUUUGCCUGUUUCUUCGGUGCUCCGGGAGCGGUCCCUCCAGGGUCUUAAACAAAGACGGAAGAAGAGUGUGGAGAGGUCUUGGCCCCCUUCCAGCUGCCAGGCGCGCGGCAUCCGUUGGGCCGGCGGACGGCGCGGCAGGGGCCCCGGGACACCCACCCUGGCCUACCCCACCCCGCCGCCCUCCGCUUGCUGGGGGUCGCCGCCCGGGUGCACACGCCUCCGGCUCUGGCGCGGCAGUGGCGGUCGACCGCACCGGAAGCGGCGGGGCGCGUGCGGGCGGGACCGGGGGUCGGCGCGGGGCGGGCGGGCGCCGGGGCUGCCCCUCCCCCGGGGCGCGCGAGGCCCGGGCGGGGCCGCCGUCCCUUCCGGGGCGCGGGCGGCCGCCGCGUCUCGGGCGGCUUCCCACCCCGCCCCCCGCAGCUCAGGGUGACGCGUCUCCAAUAACAGCUCGCGGGGAGCCGCAGCCCGGGCACAGCGGCGCCGGGGCCCCUCCGCGCGCGCCCGCCCGCGGCCACCAUGAGGGCCGAGGGCCACGGCGGCCUGGAGCGCUUCUGCAGCCCGGGCAAGGGCCGGGGGCUGCGGGCCCUGCAGCCCUUCCAGGUGGGGGACUUGCUCUUCUCCUGCCCGGCCUACGCCUACGUGCUCACGGUCAACGAGCGGGGCAACCACUGCGAGUACUGCUUCGCCAGGAAAGAAGGAUUGUCGAAAUGUGGAAGAUGCAAGCAGGCAUUUUACUGCAAUGUGGAGUGUCAGAAAGAAGAUUGGCCCAUGCACAAGCUGGAGUGUUCUCCCAUGGUUGUUUUUGGGGAAAACUGGAAUCCUUCAGAGACUGUGAGGCUAACAGCAAGGAUUCUGGCCAAGCAGAAAAUCCACCCAGAGAGAACACCUUCAGAGAAAUUGUUAGCUGUGAAGGAGUUUGAAUCACAUCUGGAUAAGUUGGACAAUGAGAAGAAGGAUUUGAUUCAGAGUGACAUUGCUGCUCUCCAUCAGUUCUACUCCAAGCACCUCGAAUUCCCUGACCACAGUAGCCUCGUCGUACUCUUUGCACAGGUUAACUGUAAUGGCUUCACAAUUGAAGAUGAAGAGCUUUCUCAUUUGGGAUCUGCGAUAUUUCCUGAUGUUGCAUUGAUGAAUCAUAGUUGUUGCCCCAAUGUCAUUGUGACCUACAAGGGGACCCUGGCAGAAGUAAGAGCCGUACAGGAAAUCAGUCCUGGAGAAGAGGUAUUUACCAGCUAUAUUGACCUCCUGUACCCAACAGAAGACAGGAAUGACCGGCUAAGAGAUUCUUACUUUUUUACCUGUGAAUGCCAGGAGUGCACCACAAAAGACAAGGAUACAGCCAAGGUGGAAAUCCGCAAACUCAGUGACCCUCCAAAGGCAGAAGCCAUCCGCGACAUGAUCAGAUACGCACGUAACGUCAUUGAGGAAUUCCGGAGGGCCAAGCACUACAAAUAUAUCCUUUACAACUGUGCAGGCAGCUUACUGUCCCUCGCUGAGGAGUGGCAGGAAAUUGGCAAGAGUAAGCACUAUCCUUUGUACUCCCUCAACGUGGCCUCCAUGUGGUUGAAGCUGGGAAGACUGUACAUGGGCCUGGAAAACAAAGCUGCAGGAGAGAAGGCCCUGAAGAAGGCCAUUGCAAUCAUGGAAGUAGCUCAUGGCAAAGAUCAUCCGUAUAUUUCUGAGAUAAAGCAGGAAAUCGAAAGCCACUGAACUCGUGCAUCGUUUCAGUUUCCAUUCAGAAACCUUAAAGGAUUUGAAUAUUUCAAAUCUUAGGCACCACUCCAGCGCUUCUCUAAACUAACUGGGAUGAAACACUUCUUGCACUUAAACCUUACACGCGCCAUCUUUGACGGUGUUCUUGUUCUUCCACCAAAAUAUUAAUUUGGAAUGCUUUCUUUUUUCUAAGAGUAAUGGCAUGGUUUCAUAUAAUAUACUUUGGACACAUUGAGUUUUUAAAAUUGCAUUUAUUUUUCCCCUCAUGCCUACUGUAAUGUUCUGAACAAACUUGACUGUUGUAAGAGAAUAAAGAGAGUAUUCAAGGUU